AUGCCUGCCUCAGAGAUAGACGCUAUCUUUUCCUCCGCUAAUAAAGGCAAAUUUGUCGUAUCCGUCACCUCCUCGUCAACGACAUUGCCAGAAAAAAAGAAGAAGAAAAAGAGCAAAAAAGCCAAGAGUGCUGAUCUUCGCGAUCCCAAAGAUGAGGUGAAGUUGGCGGAUGAACCGAAGCAAGGGACGAAGAGACCACCACCUGAAACAGUCUUCGAUCCAUCUAUACAAGAACCCAAGGCCAAGCGCACGAAAUCAAGUGGGAAGGAUGCCUUGAAGGUGAAAAGCACGAAGACGUCGAAAAAGGAUAAGGAUAAGGAAGAUGAAGAUCGGUUCAAGGACUCCAGAGGAAACGGUCCAAGACGAAAAACGGAAGAAGGUUUCGGUAUAUACAAAGAAGAUGAGCUCGGCAUAAGCCAUGAAGGGGGAGAUACGCCACUAUGUCCUUUCGACUGUGAAUGCUGUUUCUGA